AUUGAUACGAGUAAUCUCGAGAAAGAAUGACACGAUAUCGACAUUAUUUUCAAAAAAGUAAAGGUUCCUAAAUACAUUUUUUUCCUCUAAAAAGCAAGCAUACUUCAGAAGAAAAGGAUAGGUAGAUAAAAAUGGUCGAUAAUGGUUUAUAUUUAUAUAAUAACAGUUGCUCUAGCAGUGAUUUUCUUUGCUUUCUGCUGUUUUCGUUGUUGUUUCUCCCGUCGAGACACUGGAAUUUCUGGAAGUGAAAGUUCGCUAUCAUCUGAAAGUUCACUCGAUUCUAUGGAAUCCGAACAAAGCAGUCAGUCUUUUAAUAUAAUAGUAAAUGUUCCUCAUUCUUUAGCUUUACCAGAAUAUACUCGAGUUGCUGAAGAACAACAACAACAUUCUUCCCCCCGUUGCCUUACAACAGAGGAAGAGACAUUGCAUUUUGUUCCUAAGGAAGAACAUUUGCAUCCGCCACAACAUUCUCAGCGUACAAAACCAAUUUUACCUACAAUUUUUCAUUCAGACAGAGCCUUAAAUUCUCCUCCUUUUGCUCCUUCUCCGUACGAAUCAUCUUAUAAUUUUAUAUUAAACUGGAUUCAUCAGACUUUUCCAUACGUGUCAUCUAGACAUGUAUUGAAUAGAACUCAUCAAACGUUGUAAAACUGUAUUUAAUACUUUAAUCAGCCAAACUUUUGUAAUACGUUUAACUAAAUAUUGAAUAAUAAUCUUUUUAUUCUUA